UUGUACGUGCUUACUCGUUUCGGAGAGUACUGUUUUUCCAACUCGAGGGCGUCCUGAUAGCCGUCUAGGACGUUGUUACCGCAAAGUACUGCCCGCGCUAAUGGAGGCCACGGCGCUCAGCAUUGGAAAGUCCGUGCUGGAUGGAGCGCUUGGCUAUGCCAAAUCCGCUCUCGCGGAGGAGGUGGCUCUGCAACUUGGAGUCCGGCAAGAUCAAGUCUUCAUCACCAACGAGCUCGAGAUGAUGCAGGCUUUCCUUAUGGCCGCCCACGAAGAGAGAUUCGAUGACGACAGGGUCGUCAAGGUGUGGGUGAAGCAAGUCCGGGACGUGGCCUAUGACGUCGAGGACACCCUCCAGGAAUUCGCAGUCCGCCUCAAAAAGCAGUCUUGGUGGCGUAUCUGUCGCACACUUCAAGAUCGGCGUCGUGUGGCCAAGCAGAUGAAGGAUCUCAGAGCCAAUGUGGAGGAUGUCAGCCAGAGGAACAUGCGCUACAACCUCAUCAAGGGCCCUGGCUCAAAGGCUGCCACUUUUGGUGACAACUCUGGCAUCACUAGUGCAAAGAUGUCUGCCAUGGAUGAAGGGAAGCGGCAACAUGAUAAAGCUAAAGUAGAUCUGAUUCGUUUGAUCAACAAGAAGGAUGACAACCUUAGAGUCAUCGCUGUGUCUGGGACAAGUACUGGCCAUCUUGAGAAGAUGUCCGUCAUUAAAAGUGCCUAUGAAGAUCGAAAUGUACACAUGAAGUUUGAGUGCCGAGCCUGGAUCACUGGGUUCAUGUGUCCUUUCAGUUUAUCUGAGUUCCUGCGAAGAAUUAUAGAACAGUUUCAUGUAAAUUUUCUUCAGGGAACAGGGGACAAAGGAAAAACAACGUUAGAGAUACCAGUACUGAGGAGGAUGGGGAUGAUGAAUGAAGAUGAUUUGGUUGAUGAGUUCACGAAAUAUUUGAGUGAGAAGAAGUAUCUGAUUGUACUUAAUGGCAUAAACACCAUUAAAGACUGGGCUCACCUUAAGCCAUGCUUCCGGGAUAGCAAGAAAGGAAGCCGCAUCAUAGUGUCCGCAGAGCAAGUUGGAGUUGCAAGCUUAUGUGUUGGACCAGAUGAUGCAGCGCCAGAGUAUAUGCGGUUUUUUGCCGAUGAGAAUAUUUACGCUUUCUACGAAAAGGGUUCCCAAGAUGGCACAGAUUCAAUGGAGGCCGUGUCUACUUCAAAUGCGGAUACUGCCAGUGGUGACAGCUCCGCCAAUAUGAAGACACUCAAUCGCACACCGACCUUGCUCGCAGCUUUCAAGGAAUCCAAGCUUAUUGGGCGAGAGACUGAAAAAAGAGAAAUUGUUAAAUUGGUUACAAAUGUAGACAGCCGACAACUUGAAGUGAUCAGUGUGUGGGGAAUGGGUGGUCUUGGAAAAACCACACUAGUCAGAGAUGUCUACCAAAGUCAAGACCUCAGCAGGGAGUUUGAGAAGCGUGCUUGUGUGACAGUUUUGCGUCCUUUCGAUCUUGACGCUCUCCUCAAGGAUUUAGCUACACAGUUUGGCUACAACGGUGUCUCAGAAAUGGAUACAAAAUUAGCAGGACAUAAAUACUUGAUUGUUCUUGAUGAUCUAUCGUCCAAUGCCGAAUGGGACAUUAUAAUACCACAUUUUCCUGCGAUGGAAACAUCAAGCCGGAUCAUAGUCACCACAAGGGUAAAGGGUAUUGCUAUACACUGUUCAAGGAAACAUGAAAAUGUGUACGAGCUGCAAAGUCUAGGACAUAGCAGUGCACUUGACCUCUUCACCGAAAAGGUAUUUGGGAAGACUACCAAUUUCUAUGAGCAAUAUCCUGAAUUGUCUGAACCAGCAAAUCUGAUCCUAAAAAAAUGCAGCGGACUUCCACUUGCAAUAGUCACCAUAGGUGGAUUCUUGUCGAACCAGACUAAAUCCUCUCUGGAAUGGAGGAGAUUGAAUGAGCGUAUGAGCACUGAGUUGGAGAUGAAUCCAGAACUUGGGUAUAUAAGGACCGUCCUUAUGAGAAGCUAUGAUGGAUUACCUUAUCACCUCAAGUCUUGUUUCCUAUAUAUGCCCAUCUUUCCUGAAGAUUACAAGGUUGGAAGGGGACGCUUGGCACGUCGGUGGAGUGCAGAGGGUUACUCAAGGGGGGUGCGUGGUAAGUCCGCGGAGGAAAUAGCGGAUGGCUACUUCAUGGAACUUAUAAGUAGGAGUAUGAUCCUACCAUCUCAACAAUCAAUUCUUGGUAGAAAUGGAAUUGGUUCCUGCCAAGUCCAUGAUCUUAUCCGUGAAAUUGGUGUCUCCAAGUCGAUGGAAGAAAAUCUUGUUUUUACACUGGAGGAAGGUUGCAGCUCAAAUAGCCAGGCCAUGGUGCGCCACCUGGCUAUAAGCAGCAACUGGGAGGGAGAUAAGAAUGAGUUUGAGAGCACAGUGGACAUGUCCCGUCUACGGUCAAUUACAUGUUUUGGAAAGUGGAAGUCAUUUUUUGUUUUUGACAAGAUGAGGUUGCUACGAGUGCUAGACCUGGAAGACACGGCAGGUCUAUAUCCUCAUAACCUUAAGGAUAUUGGGAAGCUUCUUCACCUAAGAUAUCUUUCUCUAAGAGGAUGUGGUGAUAUUUCUUACCUGCCAGAUUUACUGGGCAACCUGAGGCAACUCGAGACGCUAGAUGUCAGAGAUACUUGGAUUGUCCAGUUGCCAAAGAGCAUCAUCAAGCUUCGGAAGCUAAACUAUCUUCGAACUAGCAGAAAACCGGCUAAUGAUGAUAUCGAAGAAGUUGUGGGCUUACCCGAGGAAAUAAAUAACCGCCCAUGCGAGUUGUGUGUCAUUAUGGGGAUAUGUUGUUUAGGGUGUUGUGCAGUUCAGUGUAUUGCUGAUAUUGAUUUAAACAGUUAUGACAUAUGCACUACCUUUUGCUGCUAUGGCUUUCCUGCUGUGGCUAUGCGGCUCGACUUGUAUGGUGUGCUAGUGCCCAGAGGGAUGAGAAAACUUAAAAACCUGCACACACUGGCUGUUGUGAACAUCGGACGGCAAGGGAAGCUCAUACUAAAGGACAUAGAAGGACUCACCCAACUGCGCAAGUUGGGAGUGACUGGCGUCAAUAAGGUAAAUGGCCAAGAGUUGUGUUCGGCAAUUGUUGGCCUGAGCCGCCUGGAAUCUUUGUCAAUCCGGUCAGAGGGGGAGCCAGGUUUAUGUGGCUGCUUGGAUGGAGACUUCUCGUUUCCGGAGACACUUCAGAGCCUCAAGCUGUAUGGCAACCUGGCCAAACUGCCGGAAUGGAUCCAGGGGCUCAAGAAUCUGGUUACGCUGAAGCUGCGGAGCUCCAGGAUAACAGAGCACGAUGCUGCCAUACAAAUCCUUGGGAAUCUAUCCAAUCUGGUGUUCCUGCAUCUGUUGGAGAAGUCACUCGUGGGUGAAGAGGUCCGUCUCAGUUUCCAGAAGGGGAUGUUCCCGAGCCUGGUGGUGUUGGAGCUGAGCAUGGGAUACGGAACAAGACUCAAGUCCGUCAAGUUUGAACAAAAAACAACCCCGAGGCUUGAGGUGCUCCAGUUUCGUCAGACUGCAUACAUCGACAGUGGUUUCCUUUCAGGGCUAUUCUCUCUAGCUAGCUUAAAGGAAGUUGUGCUACAACAUGGCUACUUUGGUUCCGAAUUGGAAUACCUGAGGACCGAGCUCACCAAGAACCCAAAUCUACCCGUGGUGAAGUGGGUCUUUUAAAGCUUCAGAGGUCAAUCACGCCCAACAAUCCAAGGCAAGCUAGGCGUACUGUCGUAUUUUCAUUUGUGUGCGCUGUGCAGUAUCUACGUGCAGUUUUUCUUUCUUCCUUUUUCUGUUGGAAGUUCAUCUAUGAUAAAUAAAUCGU